AUGAAUGAAUUUGAACAUUUAGCAUGCAAACAAAUAUUAGAUACACUAAUGAAGCGUCCAAUUGCCAAAAUAUUUUGGGAUUCAGACCAAGAAAUUGAUAAUCCUGAUAUAAUACACCCAAUUACAUUCAAAUUAAUUUCAGAAAAAUUACAAAAUCAUGUUUAUCAAUCUCCUCAGGAUUUCAUUGAUAACAUGAAUGAAUUACUUGCAAAUGCAAAGAAAUGGGAUCCAGUUAAAUCAAUAAAACCAGCUGCGGCGGAGUUAUUAACUCAAGACUUCGAAAAAGCAGUUCUGGUCUAUAAACCAACAACAAUACCUUUAUCGAUGAAAAUAAGAAUUGCUUUCAAUGAAUUUAAUGAAAUUAAAUCAAUCCCAAUUUCUGAUAUUGAAGAAACAACAUCGACUAACAAUUCAAAGCCUGCAAACUACUUACUGAACCAAUAUAAUAGAAAUCCCAAUAGUAUUUCAAGAGAAGAUUUAGUUAAAGAAAUACAACUUUUGAAUUCAACAGAUAAAUUGCUAAAUUUAAUACGAUUCAUUUAUAAAUUACAACCAGAUGCAAUUCUAGUUAAUAAAGAAGUUACAAUCCAAUUAGAAAAUAUUAAUCCAGAUGAUUACGCGAAAAUUCACGCAUAUAUCUGGAAGCAAUUACAAAACUUAUCGAUCCAAACAAUAAUUUCAAAGCCAAAAUCGUCUGGAUCAACGUACGAAGAAAAAUAUUUUCAAUAA